AUGCCAACAUACUGCGGAAUGCAACGUUCACUUUUGGAAAAUACUUCGAAUAAAAGUUGCAGCCUAUACAGGUGGCUUUACGAUUCGCGAACGGAAGAGUUAACCUGCGUGUGUACAGUAAACGAUUCCACAACAGUAAACGGACAGCUGCUACAGAUUGGUACAGCAAGAGCGAUUCCUUCGAUAUCGGCAUCCAAGUUUAGAGAACAAUUUGAACUGAAGAUUGUGACUGAAUUGCCGCCCGUGAAAACCGUUCAUAAUCUUGUGAGUGCAGCUUUGCAAAACUUUAAUGCUCACCCUGAACCAAUAAAACAAAUGACUAUAGAGCCGUGCCGAUUUCGUUGA